AGUAUAGUAACUGUGGUAGUAAAGUAACUUUAACAGUAUAGUAACUGUGGUAGUAAAGUAACUUUAACAGUAUAGUAACUGUGGUAGUAAAGUAACUUCAACAGUAUAGUAACUGAGGAGUAACUGUCCAGAAUGAAGAUAAUCCAUGUUAUCUCUUGCUGUCUCCUCUCAGCUCUGUGUGUUGUGGAGUCAGCUGGCAUUAAUGUGAUGGGGGUCGUAGGAAGACAAGUCAAAAUCAACUGUUCUUAUUCAUGGGCAGAGGACAAUGACAAAUAUUUCUGUAAGGAAAGCUGCUCCAAGAAAGAUAUUCUCAUUCAGAGCGAUGGUAAGCAAAAUUACAAAAACAAAGACAGAUUCUCCAUCCUGAACACAAUAAAUGGAGUUUUCACUGUGACCAUAACUAAACUGGAGAAGUCCGACUCUGGGAAAUACUGGUGUGGAGUGAACAGAUUAUUGAAGGACACCUAUACUGAAGUCCAUCUCAAAGUUACAGACGCUCCUCCCACUUCUACACCAUCACCUGUCACCUCUAGACCCCAUGUCUCCACAACCAUCCCAAACCUCUCUACAACAUCCGCUAACCUCUCCGCAACGUUUCUGGCAUCUGGAGAAAACAGUGGUCACUCUUCAUCAAGAGCAGGUCUGAUGGUGUGGACCAGUGCUGGUCUGGUAGUCAUGGUGACAGUGUUAGGUCUGGUCCUGCUCCUGUUCUACAGACAGAGGAGAGGAACCAGGAGAACACCACCACCACCAGUCUCCUCCAACACACAACCUGACCCUGCUGGAGAGGUUGUCUGUGUGUACGAGGAGAUCAGAGAGGCAGACAGACAGACAGACACACUUCCUGUGGUCAUCUCUGUAGUCUACUCUACUGUCAAAUCACCUAACAACUCUACAACCUACCCUGCUGACCAAGCCUCUACAACCUACCCUGCUGACCAAGCCUCUACAACCUACCCUGCUGGCCAAGCCUCUACAACCUACCCUGCUGGCCAAGCCUCUACAACCUACCCUGCUGGACCAAGCCUCUACAACCUACCCUGCUGCCAAGCCUCUACAACCUACCCUGCUGGCCAAGCCUCUACAACCUACCCUGCUGGCCAAGCCUCUACAACCUACCCUGCUGGCCAAGCCUCUACAACCUACCCUGCUGGCCAAGCCUCUACAACCUACCCUACUGGUCAUUCCUCUACAACCUACCCUGCUGGCCAAGCAUCUACAACCUACCCUGCUAGCUCUGCCACAGAUCACCCAGCUUCUCUCAUCUACUCCAAUGUGGAUCUACCUACAGAUUCUAGAGUCUCCUCAAGUCCUCCAACAGCCAGUGGAACCCAGGAUGAUUCCAUCUAUUCUACAGCCCAGCUACCCAAAGAUACUGUAGAAUCUACAAGAUACCCUGCUGUACACCUCUCUAAAGACACUCCAGAAGAUGCCCUCUACUCUACAGCCCAGCUACCCAAAGAUACUGUAGAAUCUACAAGAUACCCUGCUGUACACCUCUCUAAAGACACUCCAGAAGAUGUCCUCUACUCUACAGCCCAGCUACCCACAAUAAUGUAGUACUAUAGAAUAUAUACAAGGAAUGUGUCCCAAAUGACACCCUAUUAUGUAUCCCCCAUAUGGACCCUGGAUAAAGGCAGUGCUCUAUAGAGAACAAGGUGACAUCUGGGAUGAAGAGAAGCUCCCUGUAGAGAGACGAAGGGUUGUCACCACAGAGCCACCAUCUUGGAACGACAUUUAAAAAACAAUCCCUUUCCUGUUUCAAAUCCUCCUUGACACAUUGUAUUAAAACAGCUCAUGUAGUUUUAUUGAAUAUAAUGUAAAAUAUGAACAUCUGGGUUUAAAAUAAAUCUGUAUCUCCAGAUGUUGUGAAAGUCAAGCAACAUUUUUGCAAAUAUUCAUGUAAAUAUGUGUUUGUCAAAGCAUAUUGGAUUCAUUUAGUCUGUUAUAAUAAUGAAGACAGUAAUGACAUAAUAGUCAGUUGUACCUUUAAAUAUGUGUUUGUCAAAGCAUAUUGGAUUCAUUUGGUCUGUUAUAAUAAUGAAGACAGUCAUGACAUAAUAGUCAGUUGUACCUUUAAAUAUGUGUUUGUCAAAGCAUAUUGGAUUCAUUUAGUCUGUUAUAAUAAUGAAGACAGUAAUGACAUAAUAGUCAGUUGUACCUUUAAAUAUGUGUUUGUCAAAGCAUAUUGGAUUCAUUUAGUCUGUUAUAAUAAUGAAGACAGUAAUGACAUAA